CAAGAAACUCUCGUGAUACAUUGGUAAUGCGUGCGUGUGACGCAAUUUGGUGGUAGAGGAGGGGACCAUCAGCAAAAGCAGUGUAGGAAAGAGGAGGAAGCAAGGAUGGCGGAGUCACACCUCUGAAGCAUCAACCUACCCAUAAGAUGAGAACUUUGGUAAGCUUUCCAGCCUGCCCCCCCGGCCACCCAUGACCCAUAGACAGUGUGCCCUUCAAACAAGUAUGGCUGCCACCCUUCUCCAGACACUUCAAAGAGUUUUACCUGCCCUGGCGGUUUAACAGAAGGACGACAAAAAUAAACAAAAGCCAGACGCACCAUCUGGAUCAUCGGCCAUUUUUCGGGGGAUAGGGAGUUAAGCCUUCUUGUCGACGUCCGUGCGGCCUACACAGGUCUGUAUCAACGCAUGAAGACGUAAAGGCCGCCUGCCCGUCUGCUCUUUGCCUUUCUUCUUUCCUAUUUUUUAUUUUUUUUGGAAUACAAAUCCCGACCUCGAGAGACUCCCAUGAGCGACUCCGCAGGGAGGUGGACCGCAUCGUCAUGAGUAGUACUUUAGGCAAAGACAAAGACUUGAAAGAGAAGGACCCGAAGGGAGGUCUGGCGGUAGGGAGAGAAAGGGACAAAGAGGCCAAGGCGACCCUCGCCAGCUUCGGAGGAGGCAAGGACGGAGGCAAGGAGCCCAAGACCAAAGGGAAAGAUGCCAAAGAAGGAAAGAAGGAUGCCGGGAGCGCGCCACCGGCAGUCGCCUUCUCCGUCGACGACAAGAUAAAGCGGCCCAACCCGGCGCCGGGCACACGCAAGAAGUCGAGCAAUGCCGAGGUGAUCAAAGAGCUGAACAAGUGCCGUGAGGAGAACUCCAUGAGGCUUGACCUGUCCAAGAGGUCCAUCCACAUGCUGCCCACCUCCAUCAAGGAGCUCACCCAGCUGGCUGAACUCUACCUGUACAGCAACAAGCUGCAGAGUCUCCCUGGGGAGGUGGGUUGUCUUUCAGGCCUGGUCACGCUGGCGCUUAGCGAGAACUCUCUGACCAGCCUGCCGGACUCUCUGGACUCUCUGAAGAAGCUGAGGAUGCUGGACCUACGUCACAACAAGCUGCGGGAGAUCCCGGCGGUGGUGUACCGGGUGACGUCGCUCACCACGCUGUACCUGCGCUUCAACCGCAUCACAGCCGUGGAGAGGGACAUCCAGAACCUGGCCAAGCUCACCAUGUUGAGCAUCCGCGAGAACAAGAUCAAACAGCUGCCUGCCGAGAUAGGGGAGCUCUGUAACCUCAUCACUCUGGACGUGGCCCACAACCAGCUGGAACACCUUCCCAAGGAGAUUGGCAACUGCACACAGAUCACCAACCUAGACCUACAGCACAACGAGCUGCUGGACCUCCCCGAAACCAUAGGUAACUUGUUGAGCAUCAACCGCUUGGGCCUCCGAUAUAACCGUCUCUCCGCCAUACCGCGGUCGUUAGCCAAGUGCCGGGAGCUGGAGGAGCUGAACCUGGAGAAUAACAACAUCUCGGUGUUACCAGAGGGCCUCCUCUCCAGCCUGGUGAACCUGACGAGCCUCACGCUGGCCAGGAACUGCUUCCAGUCGUACCCGGUGGGCGGGCCCUCUCAGUUCUCCACCAUCUACUCCCUGAACAUGGAGCACAACCGGAUCAACAAGAUCCCCUUCGGGAUCUUCUCCAGGGCCAAGGUGCUCAGCAAGCUCAACAUGAAGGACAACCAGUUGACGUCUUUGCCCCUUGACUUUGGCACGUGGACCAGCAUGGUGGAGCUGAACCUGGCGACCAAUCAGCUGACCAAGAUCCCGGAGGACGUCUGUGGAUUGGUGUCCAUAGAGGUGUUGAUUUUGUCCAACAACCUCCUGAAGAAGUUGCCCCAUGGUAUUGGGAACCUGAGAAAGCUGCGAGAGUUGGAUUUGGAAGAGAACAAGUUGGAAUCCCUCCCCAAUGAAAUCGCUUACCUUAAAGAUUUACAGAAACUUGUGUUGACCAAUAAUCAGCUGACCACGUUGCCAAGGGGGAUCGGUCACCUCACCAAUCUGACGCACCUGGGUCUGGGGGAGAACCUGCUCCAGCACCUGCCUGAGGAGAUCGGUACACUGGAGAACUUGGAGGAGCUGUACCUCAACGACAACCCCAACCUGCACAGCCUCCCCUUUGAGCUGGCGCUGUGCAGCAAGCUGUCCAUCAUGAGCAUAGAGAACUGUCCACUCAGCCACCUGCCCCCGCAGAUCGUCGCAGGGGGGCCUUCCUUCAUCAUCCAGUUCCUCAAGAUGCAAGGACCCUACCGUGCCAUGGUCUAAGAGGAGGAGGAGGAGGAGGAGAAAGUGGUGGUGGAGUUGGAGGGGGGGUGGGGUUCCAAACCAAUACCCAACCUGGCCUGCUCUUGCUCUGGCCCGUCCAUCUCCCAUUCUGUGUGACAGUGUCUCAUACGCUGUACAGAAAGAAAGAAAAUAGAAAUGUAAAAGUUGAGUGUAGAUGCGGGGGAAGAGGAAGAAGAGAUGACCGGUUUGAUCCGUUAUAUAUUGUGAGAGAGAGACGGAGAUAGAGGAGGAGAAUCUAUUGCGACUGUAGUACAUGUUUUCCUAAGAGGAUUCCCAGCCAUCUGAAAGAGCCCAUCCUCCAAACCGUUCAGUUCUUACCCAAUCAUGUAAAAUGAUGAAAAGAAAUAUCUAACUUGUUUGCCAAACUGAUUAUGUAUAUUUUAGCUACCGUAAGCAAAAGUGGCAAAAAAAAUUUUUAACUGUAUAAACCUACCGUACUCCUAAUGCCAACCUAUUUACAGUAAUUAAGUAUAAAUGUCAGUUAGGUGAGGCUUUACAGUUGUAUGCAAAAAAGAACUAAACGAAACAACAAACAAAAAAAUUCAAUUUCACUGCUGCUGCCGUAACCCCAUAGUGUCAAAUUUUGUGGUCAACUUUAUUAUUUUACUUUUGUUUUUUUCUCCUCUGCAUUCCCUCUUUUUUUUACCACAGAUUGACAAAAUACUAGAUUUGUUUCUUGUGUUAUUGUUAGGAUAAAUCAUUUGACCAUAGGAGAACAAAAAAGGUCUGUCAGUUUUGGUGUUUUUGAUUUUACAUUUUAAAACUGUGCCUAUACCCAGUACAAUCCACUGGUCUGUCUGAAACACACAUUGUCCAUGAUUAUACAAAGGUAUAAUUUAAAAGAAUGCUUUUUAUAAUUAUGAUCUUUUUACAGUUUUUAUUUUACAUUUCUUAUAUAUAAAUACACACCUUCUUCCAACUGUGGGAAGAAACAAAAUAAAAUUUAAGUUAUAAAAUAUAGUAGUUUUAAUUGAAAAGGCAGUAGUUGUGAAACAAACUUAAUAUAUACAAGAAAUGCAAAAAUCAUAAAUGCUUUAAAAAGGACCAAGCGAGUUUGGACUUAACAUGUUAGACAUAAAUCUUUUGGUGGAAAAAAAGUAUUGACAAUUGUAAAAAGACAUGGGUGUGGCUGGGGGGGGGGGCAGUGAUUGGUCUGUAAUAUAACACACACACACACACACUGAUCAUUGCCUUGAGUGCAAUUCUAGUUAUUGUAAUGUUUACUUUUUUGCUAUAUCUUCAGUGUUGGGCUGCAGAGCUGUCGUACAGAAUUGUGGAAAAACAAAUUGGAAACGAUUCACAACCAACAUAUCAAGAGCAUCGAAGGAGGUUCACUGUUGUCAAGUGAUGACUGGCGUUGAGGCUACUGGUGAUGCAGGGAUGAACACCCUAUCCUCUCCAGAAAGGAAGGCAUUUCACAUCCCAUUUUUUAUAACUUGUUUUCAAAUCCUCAAUUUUCUUUAAAACCUUUCGAGGAAAAAAAAUGGUUUAACCUUUUUUUUUUUUUUUUUUUUUUUUACUUCAUCUAAGAAGAUUCGAACAAUCUAGACAAUUACAAAAAAAGUUCCUUGGCUCUCUUGUGUCCCACACUGUUCCAGCAACGCUGCUGGUAUUAUGCACUUUUUACAAUUAUAUUGGCAUCCUCUUUAAAUUUAAACAUCUCUUAUCAGUUGUGUUGAGGAGAAGGGGGGGUUAAACAGUGAAGUAAAUAUAUGAACAUUCUUGUGUAAAUUGACAUUUGUGUCAAAUGAAUAUAAAGGAUUGUUUCCACGAGUGCAAAGUUUUUUACUUUUGGGGGGGAGGACAAUUUAAAUGUUAAGUGGCCUAUUUUGUCCCAUCAAUCUGUAAAGCCACAUGCUCAUGUCAGUUGUAACUGUCAAGUUAAAGGGUUUAUGGAAAUGUUUAGAUGUAUUAAAAUGCCCGUAUCUUGCUUUUUAUUAUUGCAAGCAAAAUGGUUAUUUUAAUUGGUUGCAAUUCAGAUCUGCAAUGUAAAUUUUUAAUCCUUAUGUUUUAAUGAUUUUUUUUUUCUUUGACUUUUCUAAAUAAUGAAAUGUGUAUUCAGUUAGUAUUAUAUCAAGUGACUGUACAUUAAAAUCCCAACUAAGGUAAUCAAACCAAACCUUUUUAUAUAUUUUUUUUUUCUUUUGGAAAAAAAGGAAGAAAAAAACAAAAAUGGAAAAAAAACGUGUUGCGUCCAAACUUUGUAUACUCAAUCAUGAUUUUUUUGAAGAGUAUCUAUUUUUUGCGGCAGAAACGUACGGCAAGGUUUGGGUGGGUGUGCACUGAUCACAGAAGAGACCAGGGUCAGCUCACACAGCCUGCAACAGUGGGAAGGGCGUGGAAGUCGAGAUGACAAAAUGUAUCGCUGCUUUUCACUACCAGCAGAACCUGUUGUUGCUUUCUGAACUGAAACGUUGGAAACAUGCUGUAAAGAAUAGGGGGGGGGGGGGGGGGGCAGAGGCUACACAAAUACAGACUCGUAGCUUGAUUGGGACAAAUCCACAGGCGGACCUUGACAGUUGGGGUCUUCAGGUCCCCCUCAAACCGAUCAAAUCGUUUGGACUCUUCGACGACGUGGAAAACCCAAGGUGCAUAUUUGAGCCUACCCUAGAUAGUUACUAAGCUCGAGAUAGUUACUACGCUCGAGACAAAAAUAAUUUUAAAAGGGCUUUCUCUGUUUCACGCUCAAACGAUACACUGGAGGCAUUGCAUUCCUGGUUUUAUAUAUAUUAUAUAAACAUAUAUAUAUAUAUAUAUAUAUAUAUAUAUAUAUAUAAGCUUCGGGGGGAAAAAUAAAAAUGUACAUUAUUUUGAUUUAUGUAUUUUACGUUUAGCUGUAAACAAAUUGAAUUAUGUGAAAAUGCCUUCGACGAGUACCUAAACGUGAGAUGUGCAUUGGGUAUUGUAGCCAAAAGGCUGUGCUAUACCUGUAUAGCCCUCGAGUCUUUAAUUUGUUUGAAUCUUUUUCAUAUAUGUGCCAUUGCAAGUUGGGAAGAGGGGCGGGGAGGGAGAGAGAGACGUUGAUAACGUUCGCUCAUGUCUGAAAUAAAGAGAACUGAGAUAUAACUGAUCAGACUUGCUUCACUAAAGGCCAAGUUUUCCUGUUAAAAUAGUUUGCAACUCCCUUUUUGGAUUCUCUGAAAUUCCAAACCUUUCCCUUCCUUGGAUCUGUGCUGAGACAGGAGAAAAAGGACAGAUAUGUGUUGGGAUGAGCAUGUUAGUUUUGACUAAUCCAAUAGGGUCAUUUCAGAGAGGUAGGAUGCUAAAAGGAUGCCAUUUUAGAGGAUUCAAAUUGGGCAGUCUCGACAUUCACGGGCCUAGCUGGACUCCAUAGGGAUUUUUUUUUGUUCGAAGUACUACAGUGGAGAAAUAUAUGGUGCUUAUUUGAUUCUAUUGUUGAUUCUGUUCAGAAUAAAUCCAAAUGGUGGCAUUCCUUUUAACAACUGAAGAUUGUAUUAAAGAAUCAGAUGUGCUUAAAAAGAUUACUCCGAUCCUGGCAUUUUGUUGUUGCCUCUGUUCCGUACGGUUCCAGUACAACAGUGCCCCCAACCGGUAGAUUGGCGUCAUGAUUCCUCGACGGUCCAGACAAAUAAACUCUGCCUGCUUA